UUUCCUCACCAGAGCUGGCAGAUGGACAAGAAAAGGGAGUGGAGCUGAAUGCUUGAUCCCAGUGGCAGGCAUGGCGCUCCUCCGGGUCCUGGGCGCUCUCCUUGCGGUCCUGGGCGCUUACUACUUCUACACCAAGGAGACUUUCUCAGAAGAGAUGGUGCGAGGAAAGCGUGUCCUGGUCACAGGGUCAAGCACGGGGAUUGGGGAGCAAAUGGCCUACGAGUUUGCACGGAUGGGGGCCCAUGUCAUUGUCACAGCCCGGAGGGAAGAGCAACUCCGGAAGGUGGUGCAGAAGUGUCUGGACCUUGGCGCCAGCUCUGCAUCGUACGUUGUGUCAGACAUGAAGAAUCUGACUUCUGCCCAGAAGGUCAUUGAAGAGACCAAGGCCGCCCUGGGGGGUCUUGACCACCUCGUGUUGAACCACGUGGGAGGAGGUGCUACAUUUCAACAUUUCAAAGGAGAGAUGGAGUCCUUGAUCUCCUGCUUGACUGUGAACUUCUUCAGCUACGUCCAACUGACCGUUUCCGCACUGGACAUGUUGAAAGAGUCUCGUGGGAGCAUUACCGUCGUGUCUUCCAUGAGCGGCCGCAUUCCCUCGCCAUUCUCCAUCCAGUACUCUGCAGCCAAAUUUGCGCUGGAGGGCUUCUACAGCAGCCUACGUACGGAGCUGCACCUUCGGAAAGUUGACCUGCCCAUCACAGUUGCUGUCCUGGGGUACAUUGACACAGACACUGCUCUGAAGGCAGUGGGUGGCAAAAUCAACAUGCAGGCAAGCCCCAAAGGAGAGUGUGCCCGGGAGAUCGUGAAGGGCACAGCGCUGAGACAGCGGGAGGUUUUCUAUCCUUACUGGACCACCAAACCUGUCCUGCUCCUCAGAGACUGGAUGCCAGAACUCUUAGAACUAUUCAUUAGCCAAGCCUACCUAGUGGAGAAUAUCCCCUAAAAGGGGCUUGUGCUGCUAACCUCUGGGGUUCUCAAGCUGCAGAAACUGGAUGUUGCUCUUUACGGUCUUGUUGCAAGUCAUUCCUUCUACAAAGUUUGCCCACAAUGGAAAAUGUCAAGGCAUGCAAAACAGGGGGAAUAAAUUCAAAUUUUUACUCCA